AUGGCUUUAAAAAACUGCAAGAGCAGUAGCACCAACAAUAAUAAUAAUAACAAUAUAAAUAUAAAUAUAAAUAACAGUAAUAAUAAUAAUAAUAACAAUAAUAAUAAUAAUAUAAAUAUAAAUAACAGUAAUAAUAUCAGUAAUAGUAAUAAUAAAAGUAUAUCGGAAUUUUUGAAGGUCCCUCAUAUGAAAGAAUGUUCUAAUACAAGAAAUAAAAGAAAGAAACGUAAAUGUCAAGAAAAGCUGCCAGAUUUUUCUUGUUUAAAAAAAUUGAUAUAUGAACAGAAGAGAAAAGAAAACUUGGGUAAUUUAUUUUCGUUUAAUGAUCCAAGUAUAAAAGAGAGAAUAGAUAAAUUUAAUAAAAUAAUCGAAAAGAACAGACAAGAGGAUUCAAAUUUAUUUGAUAAUGAAGAUGAUGAAAUAGCUGGGAAUUUUUGUGAGACAUCUAAAUUUGGAUAUACAUUUAUUGAUAAGAUAAAGUAUAAUGAAAAUAAAGGUGAUGAUAUUGAUGAUUUAAUACAGCAUUAUGAAGAAGAAGAAAUAGACGAAGAUAUUGAUAUAAAUGAAACGGAUACAAGAAAUAAGGAUUUAAGUAUAUAUAAUAAUAAUGAUGAUAAUUAUAAUAAUGAAAAUCACAAUGAUAAUAUAAAUGAUACUCAUAAUAAUAUGAAUAUUAAAAAUAAUAGUAACAUAAUUAAUAAUAUACAUAAUAAUAUUAAUAUUAAUAAUAAUCAUAAUAAUCAUAAUAAUAAUAAUUGUAAUAAUAAUUGUAAUAAUAAACUUGUGAAUAAUUCCGAUAUUAAAAAUAAAGAUAUUUUAUUAGAUAAUUUAAAAUUAAGAUUCGAUGAAUUUAAAAUAGACACAUUAACUAUUCCACAAAAGCCCAUUAAUAUUAUUGAUGAAAAUGGCAAAGAGAAAAAAAAACUUUUUAUAUUUAAUAUAAAUAAUAACACAACAAGAGGAAAGAAUGAGAAAAAAAGAAUUGAAAUUAUAUAUGAUGAAAAACAAAAUGAUACAGAUGAUUCUUCUAUGGAACAUCAAACUGAUUAUAUGUGGGUUGAUAGAAAUGAACGAAAUGUAAAAGAUUAUUAUCAAAAGGAUUAUAUACAAGAUGAAAAUAAAAAUGAUAAAAUUAAUGAUUCAAUAAAUGUUGGAUCUUAUUGUCGUACUAAUAAUAAUUAUGUCCUUCCAUCAAAUAAGGGUAAUUUAUCUAUUUAUGAAUCUAAUAAAUUAUCAAAUUAUAUAUCAAAUAAUAAUUUUAAUCAUCUUUCGAAUGAAGGAAUAACAAACACAACAUGCGAAAAAAGAGAUCACGUAUCAAAUGAAAAAGAAAAUGUAAUACAACAUAUGAAUAAAUAUUGUAUAGGAAAUAGUUAUCAUAGUAAUAAUAAAAUGAGAAUUGAAAGAAAAGAAAAUAUAUUGGAAUUAGUAAAUAAAAUUAAAGAUCAGAAAGAAUCUUAUUUAUAUUUUGCUGUUAAGGAUAAUACAUUAUUAUUAAAUGAGAAUAAUGAUUAUUUUAGUAUUAUGAUGCAUUAUUUAUGUGAAAGAACAAAUGAUUGGAAUAUUCAGAUGUUAUAUUAUUUAAUUAUGAAACCAGCUAAUAUGGAUUUAUUAUUAUAUUUAAUUUUAACAUAUUAUAAAUUUCCUUUUCUUGAUAUCAUUGAACAAUAUCAAAAUAUUUCUAUUAAUAAUAUUAUUCAGAGUGCAUAUGAAGAAAUAUCUUUAUAUGAUUAUUAUUAUUAUGUAUUCCAUAUAUUAGAAAUAUCACAUGAACAAUAUUAUAUGUCCCUAGAACUAUUUAAUGGAAUGAAAUUUUUAUUAGAUAAAUAUAACUUUUUUCUUAGUAGGAUGCAUAAAAAUUCCAUUUUUUCAAAGAAUAAAUUUGUAUUGGGUCUAGGAGAUAUACAAAAUGUAAAGCAUAUUUUUUUAAAUGAUAGUAUAAGUAAUAGGAUAUACAACAAAAAGGAGAAACUAGAAUCGAAGGAUCAUAUUGACAAUGAAGAGAUAAUGGAUGGUGAUCAGAGUACUACAGAUGAUGCUGGAGAGAGGAUUCAAGAAAAAAGACGCAAAAAAAAAAAAAAAAAAAAGGAAAUAAAAGAAAAAAAUAUAUAUCAGGAAAGGGAUUGUGUUAUGAGGGAUACAAAUAUGGAACAUAUUCAAGACGGAGGGUUAGCCAAGAGCAAAGAUGGUGAUAAUAUAAGUGAUGACAAUAAAAGUGAUGACAAUAAAAGUGAUGAUAAUAAAAGUGAUGAUAAUAAAAGUGAUGAUAAUAAAAGUGAUGAUAAUAAAAGUGAUGCUAUUAAAAGUGAUGAUAAUAACAGUGAUGAUAAUAACAGUGAUGCUAUUAAAAGUGAUGCUAUUAAAAGUGAUGAUAAUAAUAAUAAUAAUAACUUUAAUGUGCUUAAAAGAAAGAAUGGAACGUUACAAUAUAUUUUAAACACCAAACUUGAUUUUAUAAACUAUCAACAGAAAAAUUUUUUUAAUGAAACACACUGGAAUGAAAUGGAAAAUUAUUAUCACCUGAACAAUUUAGAUAAGUUAGUAUAUUUUACCAAAGAUUUAUAUUAUAAAUUUACUAAAAAAAAUAUAUAUCAUAAACUAAACGAAAUAACAUGUGAACAAAAACAUUUUGAUAAAAUACAAAUUAUUGAACAUUGUAAAAAAAAGAUUCCUAAGUAUGAUAAAGACGUAAAGUUUAUGAACUUCUUAGGUGUCUAUUCUCACUCUUUCAUAUGGCAAGUCUAUUGUUUAGAAUUGGAACAGUUCUGUGUUUUAAAAUUUAAACGUAUAAAUUUAGGUUUCCUAUAUAUUUACGAUGAUAAACAGAUUGAAAAUAAGAAUAAAAAUAAAAGUGACCAUAAGAAUGAUGAUAAUAAUAGAGAUGACAGUCAUAAUGGAAUUGUGAAGAGUAAAAAAAUAUAUCUUGAACAUAUGUCUUCAAGGGUACCCUAUGAAAAGGGUCAUGGAAUAAAUACCAUUCCAAGGCAUUAUAUGAAUACAAAUGAGGGCAAACAACAAAGAAACGAAAAUUAUAAUAAUAAUGAUGAUAAUAAUGAUGAUAAUAUUGAUAAUAAUGAUGAUAACAUUGAUGAUAACAUUGACGAUAACAUUGACGAUAACAUUGACGAUAACAUUGACAAUAACAAUAUUGAUAAUUUUUACAAUGGUGAUGCACAAUCAUUAAAAGAAAAUUGUGACUAUAUCAUGAAAGGUAAACAUAUCAUAGAAAUGCUAUAUCAUCAAAUGGAUGAAAAAAAGAAAAAUGCAAUGAAUAAGAAAAAAAGGAAAGGAUGUAUUUUAAAUUUAAGACAUAUAGAAAAUCAUAUAACUAUAGCAUUAAAAACAUUUAAGUUUCUUGUAAAAGAAUAUAAAAUAGAAAAUAUAUUUUUCCCUAUAUCAGUAGAAAUAAAAAAAAAAAUUAUAGAAAAGAGUAAAUAUAUAAAUGGUACACCAUUAAAUGAAUUUAUAUAUAGUGAGUUUUUAUCUGGUAUUGAUUUAAAAUUAAGAGUUUUUAAAUUAAAAUGUAUUAUGUUAAAAAUAAUGAAAAUAUUAUUAACGUUUUUAAAGUUUGAUAUUUUAAUUAUACUUAAAUGUUCAAGAAUAUUUUUAAAAGAAGAUAAUUUAAUUAUAAAUGUUGGAAUACCAUUAGGCUUAUUACCUAAUCGUACUGUUCUUUUUUUAUUAAAUAAUAUUGAACAAACAAUUGCAACAAAAUCUUAUAGUAAAACAAUAUUUUAUUAUAUGCCCCCAGAAAUUAAAAAUAAAUUAAAAAUAGUAGACUGUGAACAAUAUAUUAUGGAUUAUACUAAUAAUAAACAAAGAAAAGAAGAAAAUAUAGAUCCUUUAGAUUAUGAUACAGAAAAAAAUUGUUUUUAUUUUGAAGAUAAAUUAAAAUUACAAAAAGCAUAUUCUUAUAUGAUUGGAAAAAUAUUUGAAGAAACAUUAAUUGAUACUUUUACUGGGGAUAAAUUAGAUUAUUUAAAUUUCGAUCAAACAAUUAAAUCUUUUUUAUAUUCAUGCCUACAAGAAGAUGUUGAAAAAAGAGAUCCCUUACAAAACUUAUUAAAUCAUAAAUGCUUUCAGGAUUGUUUUGAUCUAUAUAUUAAUAUCUAUGAUGAUAAUAUUAAUUCUUAUAAAAAUGAUAAAGAAAAAGCUGUACGAUUAAGUGAUCUUAAUUAUAUUAAUAAUUAUGAUUAUAAUAUUUUUACUAUACCUUCAGACCAUACCUCAACUUCAUCAUCAUUUUCAACAGACCACGAAAUUACAACAUCCAGUAGGUAUUCCACAUCCAGUUCAUGA